AUGUCGGAUCUCAGUGCCUUCGAACUCGAGGAGAUUUAUGCCUUUGCUGUACAAUUGGGCAAGGAUGCUGGGGCACUGUUGAUGAGCUUUGCUCGUGCCAGAUGGAGCUGCAACGGAAACACAGACGACGCCAUCUCCGAGAAGGAUAGUUCGGUUGAUAUUGUCACCAAGGCCGACAAAGGCAAGUACUUUGGCAUGGUCACUGAAGAUCUCAAUGGCGUCAUAUGCAAUGCCAAUAGCCAUUUGACACUUGGUGGUAUUCACAGGUUUAUUGGCGAAGAAACGUACUCUGAGGGAGCCACUCGGGAAUAUCUCAUUGGCGAUGCACCGACAUGGUGCAUUGACCCGCUGGAUGGUACUGUAAACUUUACGCAUCUGUUUCCCAUGUUUUGCGUCUCCAUUGGCUUCAUUCACAGAGGAGUGCCCGUGAUUGGUGUAAUUAAUGCACCUUUCUUGGGCCAAUUGUUCUCGUCGUGUCGAGGUCGGGGCGCAUGGCUUAAUGAGACACAACAACUCCCAUUGAUAAGAAACCCUGUGCCUCCCAUGCCGGCCAAAGCUCCUAGCGGCUGUGUCUUCUCUUGUGAAUGGGGAAAGGACAGAAAAGACCGUCCCGAUGGCAACAUGUAUCGCAAGGUAGAGAGUUUUGUCAACAUGGCCUGCGAGCUGGGAGGACGUGACGGCAAGGGAGGCAUGGUACAUGGGGUGCGAAGUCUUGGCAGCGCGACCCUCGACCUAGCGUAUAUCGCCAUGGGCUCCUUUGAUAUAUGGUGGGAGGGCGGCUGCUGGGAAUGGGAUGUUGCAGCAGGCAUUGCCAUAGUCGAGGAAGCAGGCGGGCUCGUGACGACAGCAAACCCACCGAAUGACUACGAUUCAGCUCCUAUUGAACCUGCCCGGCUUGGCAGUCGCCUAUACCUAGCAAUCCGACCAGCUGGUCCAUCUGCAACAGAAACGGGGCGGCUUUCACAAGAGCGCGUGGUCCGAGAGGUGUGGAAACGUGUCCGACAGCUUGACUAUGCCCGACCAGGGGCAUGA